AAAAAAUAUAAGCCUUAAUCAACAAGUGCUUUGUUCCACUUGCAACUGUUAAUAAUUCACCUGCUUGUUUGUUCCUUUGUUAAUUUAAUGUAUUUUAGAAUUAGAUGACGACCACACUAGUCAGGAGGUUUUCCUUUACUUGGUCGUCAUGGCAACUUGUUUUGUUUGUAAAUUUCGUUUAUUUAACUGCUUUAGUGGCUAAAAACGUUUUUACUCUGUCAUAGAGUUAGACUUUAAAUAGUUAUUUAUCUAUUAUGUUUUCCAACUAUACUUCGGAGGCUGUCGGCUUCGAUUCGAUAAGUGAAGGAAGCACGGAGACACUAGAUUCGUCCUGUCAGACUUCAGAGUGUUUCACAAGCGAGAAAGAAAACCAAACUUUCUAUAAAAAUACAUUAGAGGUUCAGACUGAUGUAUUCAACAGGGAAGCAGAAUCACCAGCUUAUGAUGAGCAGGAGCUUACUACAUUUCUAAAAAGAGUAUGCCCAGCAGUGAUACGUGAACUGGACAGGGUUGAGAAAACGAAAGCAUUUAGCAAUUACAAGCUUACGGAAGAAGAUCAUCAUGAUGAAGUUAAACUUAUGCAUGUACUUUCAGCUAGUCAUCUUCCUGCAUUGCCAAAGUUGAGGGUUUCAUGCAUGGCUUGGAACUGCACUGGUGCGAUAAUAGGUUUAGCGUUUGAAACACCGGUCCAUAGUGAUUGGUGUGUUCAUGAUAGCGCUAUUUAUUUUUAUAACAUCAAUAAGUACAAAUUUGAUGGUUUUCAACCGAACCGGGUGAUCACAACAGCAUCAUGUGUUACAGCACUUGCAAUGCAUCCUUUCGAACCAGCUGUUGUCGCCGCUGGAACUCAAGCAGGUGAAGUUCAUGUAUGGUCAUUGUUAAAUGAAGGGCCUGAAUCAGGAUUCACCAACAUAGUAACUCAUAAUGACAGAGUCACCAAAAUCGAGUGGGUCUCUAUAAAAGACCAACUGUUGUUAGUAACUUCAUCACUCGAUAGUUAUAUGUUUACUUUCAAAGUUGUUUCUGGGCUGAGAUCUGUAACAUUGAAUGAUAAGUUUGUUUUGAAUGAAGAUGACAAGGUGAUCAAAGCUGGUGUCACGACUUUCGGGUUUUCAAAAUCUCCAGGUGUGUUCGUUGCUGGACUCGAAGGGGGUGAAUUAUUGCAUUGCUCAGCAUUUGGGGCUACACCCAUGGCCAAACGUCCUGACAGUGCAAGCACAUUUAAAAAACCUGUAUUGAAAUCACUGGGGAAAUUAUUAGGUCCGGUUGUGACAAUUGAAUUUUCGCCGUACCAUGAAAAUCUUUUUGUGACUGCCCAUACUGAAAAUAAAUUCACCAUCAGAUCAAUUGACCAAGUCACUCCUCUAAGAGAAAUCUACACGGACUUUGAAGUUGUUGGUACUUGCUGGAGUCCGUCUCAAGGUAAUGCUGUCCUAUCUUGGGGUGCUUCAGAUAAAAUUGUCAUCUUUAAUAGUGAUAACGGAAAGAAAUUAAUAGAACUGAGACCUGAAGAUGAGCCGGAUUAUGAAUUAUCCAAAGAACCCCGCCCUGUAAUCUACAAUGUGGCUUUCAAUGUUAAAUACGAUAACAUUCUUGCUUUGAGCUGUCACAAUAGUAAAAGUUAUAUAUGGGAAAUCCCUAAAUUUUACAAGGCUGUUUGAUUGUUGAAAGAAACUCGGGUAUAAAAUUAACUACGUUGAUGAGAUUGUGUUAAUUGCACAUUAAUAUAUUUUUUGGGAAAUUA